AUGGUCAGCCAGAAGUUCCAAGACCCAUUUGUUGCAGCCGUAAUUUUGGAUCGAUCUCAACCACACGAUAUCAGCCGGAAGAGUAGACACCAGCGCUCUCCGUACCUAUCUCGAGCACUACCAACCUCUCCCUCCGAGUACCGCUCUAUACCGCUCACCAAGGUCGAAGACUUCGGUGUCCAUGCUAAUCAUUACGAGCAGAAGUAG